AUGAAUAACGAAGGAGUUACCUAUGCAGAACUCAGUCAGGUUAAGGGUUCAAGAAGACAGCAAGUGAAAGCUAAGGGCACUAAAAGCUCCACUUCAAAAAUUGAGCAGGAAAUAACAUAUGCAGAAUUAAAUCUUGACAAUGCUUCUCAGGACCUUCAAGGGAACGACAAGAAAACCCCCUGCAAAGGGAAGCUCAUUGCUGGCAUCCUGGGAAUCAUCUGCCUUGUCUUGACGUCCACUGUGGUUACAAUAGCUGUUAUUCCCUCAGAGCAGAACCAAACAUCCCAGGAAACAAGGAUCUCAAAAGCUUAUCAUUGUGGGCAUUGUCCAAAAGAGUGGAUUACAUACUCCAACAAUUGCUAUUACAUUAACACUGAAGGAAAACCAUGGAAUGAGAGUUUGAUGUUCUGUGCUUCCAAUAACUCUACCUUGCUCUCCAUAGAUGAAGAGGACCUGUAUUUGUUGAACUUCUUUCUUCCAUCUUCAUGGAUUAGAGGCUCCCAGAGAAUCAAUAAUAACUCAUCUGUGUGGCCAAAAGGCACAACUUUCUUCUCAAAAAUACCAGCAGUAUCUUCAGAGAGUGACAAGAAUUUUUCAUUUUUCAUCUUCAGUUCAAAGAUAAUAUCUAAUGAAUCUUGCUUAGAAUUAAGACCAUAUGUUUGUAAACACCAGACAUAA